AUGGCUGGCAUGUAUGGUCAGGACGGCGGCGCCGCCCCGCCCUAUGGAUCUAGCGGUGGCGGUGGCUACGGUGGCUCUGGAGGAUACGGAGGCGGUUCCGGAGGUUAUGGAGGAGGCGGUGGAUAUGGAAGUAAAGGUGGUGAUGGCGGUGGUUACGGUGGUGGAGGCCGUGGUGGUCGAGGUGGAGGAGGAUAUGGUGGCGGUGGCGGUGGAGGAUAUCAGGGCGAUCGUGGUGGUGGCCGCGGAGGAGGUGGCGGCGGCGGCAGAGGUGGCCGCGGUGGCAGUGGAAGGGAUGGUGAUUGGCCUUGCCCUAAUCCAGGCUGUGGGAAUAUGAACUUUGCAAGAAGAACCGAGUGUAACAAGUGUGGUACUCCCUCUCCUGCGGGGGGUGGUGGCGGUGGUGGAGACCGUGGUGGAGGUGGUUAUAGAGGUGGAAGUGGUGGGGGCUAUGGUGAUAGCCGUGGUGGCAGAGGUGGUAAUUAUGAUGGGGGUCGAAGUGGCAACUAUGAAGGAGGUAAAGGUGGCAGUUAUGAUGGGGGCAGAGGGGGUGGUUUUGAUAGUAGAGGUGGAGGUGGUAGUAGAGGCGGUUCUUAUGGUGGUAGCCAAGGAAGAGAAGAUGGCGGGUAUGGUCAGGCUCCUGCUGCUCCUCCAUCUUAUGGUGCAGGUGGCAGUUACCAACCGUCAUACAAUGCCAGUUAUGGAACAGAUGCAGUGCCACCUCCUACAAGUUAUACUGGUGGGCCUGCUUCAUAUCCUCCAUCCUAUGGGGGUCCUGCAGGUGGUUAUGGUGGUGAUGGUUCGGGUGAUGCAAGGAGUGGUGGCCGAGGUGGCCCUCCUGCUAAAUAUGAUGGCGGAUAUGGUAGUGGUGGUGGUCGAGGUGGUUAUGGAAGUGCUCCUGCUGAGGCCCCGGCUAAGGUGAAGCAAUGUGACGAGAACUGUGAUGAUACUUGUGACAAUGCUAGAAUCUACAUAUCAAAUCUGCCACCAGAUGUCACAGUUGAGGAACUGCAAGCUCUUUUUGGAGGCAUUGGACAAGUUGGAAGAAUUAAGCAGAAACGUGGGUACAAGGAUCAGUGGCCAUAUAACAUCAAGAUUUACACAGAUGAUUCGGGAAAGAACAAAGGUGAUGCUUGUUUAGCAUAUGAAGAUCCAAAUGCUGCACACUCAGCCGGCAGCUUUUACAAUGGUCAUGACGUUAGAGGCUAUAAAAUUAGUGUUGCAAUGGCAGAGAGGUCGGCACCUAGGACUUACGACAAUGGUGGUGGUAGAGGUGGUUAUGGGGGUGGUGACAGGCGCAGGGAUAACCGAGAUGGUGGCCCUGACAGACAUCAGCAUGGUGGAAACCGUUCGCGUCCAUAUUGAGAGAAUUUCCAGAUCAAGCACAUUUUAUGUAAUGAGAAUUGUUGUCUUGAGGAUUUUUGUAUUCGUUUUGGAGGGAUCUUAAACUGGAGACUAAGAGGUAGGUUGUUCAAUAACCCUGGGCAAUACCUCUGUCCUCUAAUUCAACUACCCAUACCUGGAAGGGUUUAAAUUAUAGGUGCUUUGGAUUGAUUACGUUGUGUGAAUGUUUUUUUUAGAGACAAGUGGAUAAUCUCCAAAUUGCUUGCUGCUAAGGUAGGUGUAUUUUUCAGGUGAGUGCUGCUCUUUCGCAAUUCUUAUUUAACACUUGCUUGGAGACUAUCCAGCCUCUGCACUGGAUGUUUGAUUGCAUCUGAUCAUUUCAUAUAUAUUGUGAAAUGCAUGAUCAUGAUUAUGUCUAUGCAUGCAUGUUCUGGCCUGGAUUUUUGGUCCUAAACUUGUAAUGCAUCAUCAUUAUUAGUCAUGUUGUACUUCAAUAAAAAGUUAUGUUGUACUUCAAUAAAAAGACCACGCUAUGUUUAAGAUUAUGUAUUUCCUGUGUUUGAUUUAU